CCCCGCCGGCUGUGACGAUGUCGGAGGAGUUUCUGAGGAGAAGCCGGAUGUGUUCCGCCAUGUGUAGGCCUCGUUACCGGGCAUGUCAUUCUCAGCAGCGGCUCGGCUGUGCGGCAGGUUACGGCUUGUGAUACAGCGGCCCCCAGCCCGGGUCUGUCCCGUCAUGAGCCUGUUAUUUCACAGCGAUAGUCAAGGUAACAGUUUGAAAGACAAAGCUAAAAGCACGAUCUGUGUAGAGGGCAACAUAGCGAGCGGAAAGACGAGCUGCCUGGAAUAUUUCUCCAAUACUGCCAACCUCGAGGUUUUAACAGAGCCGGUGGCAAAAUGGAGAAAUGUCCAAGGACACAACCCACUGGGCCUAAUGUACACCGAUCCAACAAGAUGGGGGUUAACGCUGCAGACCUACGUUCAGCUGACAAUGUUGGAUGUCCACACCCGGCCAUCGCUCGCCCCGGUUAAAAUGAUGGAGAGGUCCAUUCAUAGUGCAAAGUACAUAUUUGUGGAAAAUCUUUAUAAAAGUGGAAAGAUGCCUGAAGUGGAUUACGUGGUGUUAAGCGAGUGGUUUAAUUGGAUCACAAAGAAUAUCGACCUUUCUGUUGACCUAAUAGUUUAUCUGCGCACAUCUCCUGAAACCUGUUACCAGAGACUAAAGAUGAGGUGUAGAGAGGAAGAGCGGGUGAUACCACUGGACUACCUGCGCGCCAUACAUGAGCUCUAUGAAGAGUGGCUCGUUAAGCAGAGCUCGCUUCCAGUGCCGGCUCCGGUUCUUGUGAUAGAUGCAGAUAAGAACAUGGAGGAGAUGAUUCAGCAUUAUGAAGAGCAUCGCGGGAAGAUCCUUGCAGCUUAGCGCAAGAACGUCGUGCCUCGUGGAGCUGGUUUACCGUUACAGUGCGUUUCUAGCUGAUAUAGGACACUAGCAUCCAUUUUGGAUGGGAUAAAAAAAUAAUAAUAUAUAUUAAAAGGAGUUGUCCAGGCCUUACUAAGCGAUAGGCCAUCACUUGGUCCGAUACCCCGCACCCCCGCCAAUAAGCUGUUCGGGUGUAGCUCCGUCAACCUUGUGGUGGAGUGGGCGCGCUACUACAGCGCUGCAGUGACAAGCUCUGGCCACUGUCCAGUUGACAGCACUGCGUAGUUCCGGAAGCAACUUCCAGCGACGGAGCUGCACUCAAACAGCUGAUCGCCGGGGUAUGGGGUGUUGGACGUCACCAACCUAAGGCCCAAAGGCCGGACAACCCCUUCAAAAAGAAAGGUACGUGCCAGUUCAUGAUCCAACAACACCGCCAGCUGGAUGCACGAAUAAAGAUGCUGCUCCUCACGACGUAGGCAACAGACACGAUCUAAACCGAACCCCUCGAUUGGGCCGUUAUUGGGGGACCAAUUAUUUUCUCUCGAAGGUGCUCUCUCUGUGGACCAAUGUUUAACCCCCCUCGUUGCUUUAGCAUCUUAUGAUCCUAAUAGAGGAUACAGUGUAAUCACCAUAUUGUUAUUUAUCUAUUGUUAUUCAUCGGACUUCUCGGUUUUAUUUAUUCCUUUUUUUUUUUACUUUAUUUUAAACCGAUCACUUUCCAUUGAGAUUGUUUGUACACGUUGUACAGUGUUGAUGCAUUAAAAAAGUUAAAUUCCUAUGUAAUAAAUUGCAGCGGUAUGUUGUGCGUAAAUCCAUAUUUCCGUUCUGCAAAAAAAUAAAUAAAAUAGAAGAUGUCC